AAAUUUUCAAAACUCAAUUAGAUUGCUUUGGACUGGACUUCCCACCUCACCCAACUCUGAAAGAACCCCACCAACUAGAAAAGAAACAUUACAUUCCUCAAGAAACAUAACAUUCCUUCCUCUCUUGCCUGUAAAAGAAAUAUAGCCCAUAUACAAUGUAAAGACAUUCUGCCAUUUUCUUUCCACCAGAGCUCAAGAUUGAGACACCCUCUUGCAAGCACAACAUGGCGAAGAGAUCGGAUUUUGCGCAGAAGCUGUUGGAUGAUCUCCGGUUACGUAAGGAACGAGUAGCAGCGUCUAAAAGCUCAAACCGUUCAAACUCAAUGGCUUUAGAUGCUUAUGCUUACUCAAAGCAAACUCAUAAGGGAUCCAGGAACAUAAAAUCCCAUGAACCUAUUGGUUCCAGAACUACAAAUGUACAGAAUAGGUCUAGUAAAAGCAGUAGACCAUCCAUCAUUGAAGAAGCUUCAAGACAGGUUGUUCCUUAUGCAGGUGGUCGGAACUCACAACAAAUAGGAAAUCUAUCCAUGGCUCUGGCUUUUGCCAUUGAAAAUGGAGGAAAGCUAAUAAGAACAGAUUCCUCUGGCAAUAAUUCAAUGUUGGGUUUCCUGCACCAAAUUGGCAGGAAAUCCAUGGACUUUGGCAAGAUGGAGAGAAGCAGAACAGAUAGGCAGAUGUCUUCAAGUAAUCCCUUCCCCGCUCUCUCUCACCUCCAUAUUAAUGAAAUAUCAAAAGGGGCACAGAAGCUAAACCAGAUUCUGAGAGCAUGCUCAAAUGGCCUUAACUUUGAUGGAUAUUCAAUAGAAAUUGGGAAGGAACUGUUAAAAGGGGCCAUGGAUUUGGAAGAGUCUCUGCGGAUGCUUGUAAACUUGCAAGAGGCAUCAGACUACAUGGUCAGCCCACAGAGGAAAAAUCGGAUUGUAUUACUAGAGGAUGAUGAAGACAACGAAGAAAAUACAGUCCCAAUGCCCGAGCAGAAGCAACUUGCCCUACCAAGGUUUUCCUUUGACAAGCCCUCAAGACGUUCUCAUAAUAUCCAACAAGUUGAAAGGAAUGAUCUCAAGCAAAGGCUGACAGCUCUGACUUACCGUGCAGAAGCUACUAAAUACAACCAUGAAAACCAAGCACUAAUUAGUUCAAAAUCAGUUUCCCACAAGCAAUCAUCUAGCUAUGGCCCCAAUAUCAAGACUCCUGCUGCAUUCUCAGAACAGAAGAAUCACUCUAGUUCAUCUCAAUCCAAACCAGAAAAGGGGAGGAUUUCAAAUGUUAUUGCAAAACUAAUGGGACUGGAUGACGUUCCACAAAAAGUAGAUACAAAGUCCACCAGACAGAAAGAUUCGACUCCCAAACAAAAAAUAGAAGGGAUGCCCUCACAGCAUAUGGCACAGGGAAGCACCAAGAAUGCUGUACUGAAGACUAAAGAAACCAUGAAUUAUGAACGCCCCAAAAGGCAAAAAGUGAUAGAAGCUAAAAGCAAUCAUGUCAUUCAGGAUGCUGCAUUUGCGCUGCAAGCAGGGAAAAGCCUGCAUACACGUAGUGCCAGUUUUGAGGCAGUUAUUAAUAAUGGAAAACCACCUCGAAAGGAUUUGGAAGAAAUUCAUUUAGGGACAAGCUCAGAGAAGGCCACCACCAAAAUUGAAAAGCAGCAAAGCAAUAUAGCCCAGUUAUAUCAGAAUACUGGUAGUCAAAAGUAUAUUCAGGACAAAGAAAGAAAACAUGAUGAUACAAAGCACAGGGAACAGAGCAGCACAGGAAUGGGCAACACCAUGGAAUUAAUUUCAAGGGAAAAACCACACCAGAUGGAUGCACAGGCAAAUAAAAGAUCAGAAGCUACAGUGAUUCUGCAAGGAAAAACAGGGUACAAAGACAGCACUCUUCAAACAGAAAAGAGAUAUGCAAACAUGCUUCUGCCAAACAAUCAAGAAAAGACUCAGAACCUUCGAUUACAACAACCAUAUAUUCUCCAGAAACCUGAGCAACAGGAACAGAAGAAUCAGGGAAAAGAGUGGGAGCAGCAGAGUGGAAAACAGAAGUUCCAGAUGAGUAAACAAAGAGGAAGUGAAAUGACAAUUAAGAGUUCAUCAAAACCCCUGCAUGAAACAAUAAAUAUGCAAAAGAAGCAUCCGCGUAUGAACCAAGCUGCACUAAGUAAGAAAAGUUCUUCAGAAGCUACUGAUGCAACACAAUCAGAAGGAUUUCCAAAUGGAAGAAACCAUGAAGAUUUAUUCAUGGGCAAAAGUUCUACUGAUUUAACCUUCCACAUGAAAGCUUUAGUGAAUAGGAGCUCAGAUCAAAAUUGUUCUCCGCAAGCCCCAGAAUCUGAACCAGGAAGAGAAAAAGCUCGUAUUCCAUCCGUUAUGGAGGAGAAAGCUGUUCAUCUACCAGCCAUGCAUAAGACAAAAAAUACAAGAGCACGUAAAAGUGAGACCCCUCGAAAGAUUGAUGAAGUAGUAACCAGAAGAAAUGGAACACUGCAGAACUUUGCAAGGCCAUUAAAACAUCAGAGCUCCAAUUUGCAGGAUGUGAAACCAAAAAGGAAUGACAAAUUCAGUGGUUACAAAGGAGCAGAACAAGUAAGAGGCAACAGGUCUAAAGAAGCAGUAUCACACAUCGUCAAAUCCAACAAAUCAGUGUCAAGCAUCCAUCCAUUGAAUGUAGCACAACUAACAAAAGAAGAAGAACAGGCUUCUCCUUUGUACAGUCCUCCAGGUGACAGAUUCCAAAGCCUAAAAGAACCAAUUGUGCCUCCCCCUGAUGGUAGUCAAAACAUGGUCUCAACAAUUAGUAAUGAUCAGCAACAUCAAGCACCUAUUUUUGAUGGAGAUGAAGAACUCAAGGCUAGCAAAUUUACAUCAAAUGUACUUACUGGAACCACUGAAGACAGCACAGACAUCUCUUACCCCUCACAACUGGAACACCAGAAAAUUCCCAAAUUAGGAAUGCAAGAGCCAUUAACUGAAAGUGAAAACUGCCUAAAGCAGAUACUGAUAACAAGUGAACUAUUCCUCAACACUGCAGAGGCCCUUUUCAAACUAAAUAUUCCUUUCAACAUUCUUCACGCCAGCAGUUACAAUUGUCAAGAUGAAGAAAGCAAGCUCAUAUUAGACUGCGGUUACGAAGUGAUGAAACGGAAAGGUAGAAGGCAAGAGUUCAUCGUUCAUCCUUGCAUGAAGAUAUCAAUCCAUUCCACAAAGGUGACAUCAUUGGACAAAUUGGUUAAGCAGUUGAAUAAAGACUUUGAGACAUUGAAAUUGUACGGAAGGAAUGGGAAUCCUAAAUGUGAUGUUGAAGACUACCUGCCUAAAAUGCUAGAGAUUGAUGUCUACCAUAUUGCUCCUGACGUGAAUUGUAUGUGGGACUUGGGUUGGAACGACAUGAUGUUUGCAUUGCUUGAAAAAGACGAUGUCAUAAGGGAUGUGGAAAGGCACGUGCUUAAUGGACUCGUUGACGAGAUCACCAGGGAUCUUUUACAAGUUUGAUUGAAAAGAAAGAGAUUUUUUUAAUGGUUUUAAGUUUUCUAUCAAAACAGAAUUUCAUGUUACUUUAUGUGGUUUUGUAUAUUGUAACUUAAUAAUGUAAUGCUCAUUUGCAGGUUUGCAAUUCUUAA